AUCUUACCAAUCAACUUAAACAGGUCCACAGCGAAGCCAAGUUUCAUCGGGAUCAAGUUGUGACUUUGGAAAAGAAAAUUAAACAGCUAGAGUCUGAUAGGACGGAAAGCCUUGAACGAAACGCAACUCUUGAACAACAAGUUGAACAACUUCAAAAAGAUCUUGAAACAUUGGCUGAAGAAUUUUCACAGACUGUAGCCAAAUUUGAAGAUACAAAUACGUUAUCAAAACAGCAAAAGCAACGAAUAAUUGAAUUGGAAACUGCUCUUGCAGAGACCCAGAAAGUCGCUUCCACAACUGAUAGGAGUUCUGUACGUGGUUCUGGAUCUACCAAUCCAGCUCUUGCUGAACUUGCUUCUGCAAAUGAAAAUUUACGACAGAUCAAUGAUGGCCUCAAUAUUAAGAUCUCCAAAGCGGAAGAACGUGUCUCGGAAGUAAAUGCCAAAAUCAACUUAUUGGAAGAAGAAUUGGCUCAAUUGAGAUCAGGAAUAACUAAUAUCAAUGAAGAAUCUGUUGAGAAUCUAAAAUUAAAAAUUCAAGAACUUCAAUCCGAUAAGGAUCUACUAGAACAAGCAAAUGAAGCUGCAUUUGAAGAACGUGGUAAACUUGAUCAUAAGAUCGAAUCAUUAAUGCAACAAUUACGUUCUGUUGGUGGAAACAAAGCUGCUCAACAUAUAUCGCGAUUAAAUGAACAAAUUGCUAAACUCGAAAAGGAGCAUGCUCAGUUAAAACAAGACUCUUUGGAUGAAAUUAGAGAUAUGGAAAAAGAGAUUGCGCACUUGAUAGAACAUAAUAAUCGUUUAGAACAAGAGAUCAGAGAGAUGGGUGGUAAUAUUCCAAAUAUUGACAGAGUUAGUCAUGCUAUGCCGGCUGUAAGGCGUCCUAGUAGAGAUGGCCUUACCAUGCAAAAUAAAAUCAGUCGUCAAGAUGACACGAUCAUACAGCAAAACAUGCUAAUCAAGACUCUUCAAGAAAAGAUUACAGAACUUGAAAAUCGAUCUUAUGAUGAUCGAAGUUCAUUUGUUGGACCAGAUUUGGAUGCCGUUGGUGGCACACGUCUGUCAACAACGUCGUCAUCAUCUAAUUCAUCGGAUGCCAAUAACAAGAAAGGUUCACGACAUCCAAGCCUUACUAAACCACCACCAGUGCCACCACCAAAUCAACCUUUACCGCCAAUUCCUCAAAACUCUACAUCUCGUAUACGAAACAGAUCAGAUUCAAUAGCGUCAUCAGACCUUUCAUUAGAAAUUCAGAGACUGCACAAAAAGGUUUCAGAAAUUGAAGGUGAAAACCUACAAAGUCGACAACUCGUGACAACUCUUGAGGCUUCAAUAAAUGAUCAUGAAACCAAUUUGCGUGUAGCAAAACAACAACUUUUAGUAUUACAACGCGAAAAAACGGAAUAUCUUGAUCAAAUAAAGAGCCUACGCAAACAAUUGAGCGAAGCAAAUGAUCAAAUGGAAAAAGCAAAAUCCACUGUACAAGAAGAAAAGAAAGUCAUGGCGAAUGUAUUGGAAGAAGAACGAAGAGCAAAGGAACGAGCAGAAAAGGCACGUGUACAACUCGAAA